CCUCCUCCUCCUCGUUCCCACUUUCAGCCAACGUCCACAGAGCAACACCGACUUUUGAGAAGAAGUUUCCCCGCCAGUAUUGAGGAUUGUGGGCGGAGGUGAAACGGAAUAAAACAUUGUUCCUUAAAGGACCGGGUAAAACCUUCAAGCUGAAUUCGUCUGGCCUACUGACUAUGCCCCGGAGUCCCACGUCCAGUGAGGAUGAGAUGGCCCAGAGUUGUUCUGACUACUCCGUGGACUCCGCCUCUGACAGCUCCCGUGAGGAGACCAUCUACGAGACCAUAAGAGCCACCGCUGAGCCGACCCCAAGACGCAUGGACGACAUACACACUCACUCCCUGGUUGUCCGCGUCCUCAUCCCCGACCUGCAGCAGACAAAAUGUAUGCGGUUCAACCCUAACGCGACUGUGUGGGUUGCCAAGCAGAGGAUCCUGUGCACGUUGAGCCAGAGUCUGAAGGAUGUGCUGAACUAUGGCCUCUUCCAGCCCGCCAUGAACGGACGUGAUGGGAAGUUCCUGGAUGAGGAACGCCUCCUCCUGGAAUACCCACAGCCAAUCAGCAAAGGAGUUCCAGCUCUGGAGUUCCGCUACAAGAGCCGAGUCUACAGGCAGACCCAUGUGGAAGAGAAGCAGAUUGCCAAACUUCACACCAAGGCCAACUUGAGAAAGUUUAUGGACCUCAUCCAGCACCAUCAGGUGGAGAAAGUAUCUAGGCUGCUGGAGAGAGGGCUGGACCCCAACUACCAGGAUACAGAGACCGGUGAGACCCCCCUGACAUUUGCGGCCCACCUGGAUAACGUGGUGGAGAUUAUAAAGGUUCUGAAGAAUGGAGGGGCUCACCUGGACUUCAGGGCCAAAGAUGGCAUGACGGCCCUACACAAAGCUGCUAGGUCCAAAAACCAGGUUACUCUGAUGACCCUGUUGGAGCUUGGUUUGUCUCCAGACUAUAAGGACAGUCGGGGUCUGACGGCGCUCUAUCACACAGCCAUGGUGGGAGGAGAUCCGUUCUGCUGUGAGUUGCUGCUACAUGAACACGCCACCGUCUGCUGCCAGGACGAAAACGGCUGGCAUGAAGUCCACCAGGCUUGUCGGAAUGGCUAUGUCCAGCACCUGGAGCAUCUGCUGUUCUACGGGGCGGACAUGAGCGCACAGAAUGCCUCAGGGAACACAGCGCUGCACAUUUGUGCUCUCUACAACCAGGAUAACUGUGCCAGGGUGCUGCUGGUCCGUGGAGCCAACAAAGAGGUGAAGAACUACAACAGCCAGAGUCCCUUCCAGGUGGCCAUCAUUGCGGGGAACUUUGAACUGGCCGAACUGGUCAAGAACCACAAAGAGACAGAUAUAGUGCCUUUCCACGAGGCCCCGGAAUACUCCAAGCGGCGUCGGGUCCCUCCCUCUACCAGCAGCAGCGGCAGCUGCCUGGUGGCCCCCCGGGUCCUGCUGCGCUCCAACAGUGACAACAACCUCACAGUGAGCCAGGGGCCUCCCCAGGACUGGUCCCAGCCCCAGGGACCCCCCCAGCACCACGGAUCCCAACAGGGAGGGGUCGGACCCCCCACCUCCACCUCUCACCGUAGCCUCUCUCCACAGCUGCUCCAGCAGAUGCAGGGGAACCCAAAUGGCACUGUGAGGACCAUGAGCCAGAGGUCCCGCAGUACCAGCGUGGGGGUGGUCCCGCGGAGUCCGUCCCCGUCCCUCAACCGGCUGGGAGAGGAGGCCUGCAAGCCACACCCGCAGACACAUGUACAGACACAGCAGACUCAGCACAGGCAGACCAGGUCAGUAGAAGGAGGAGAAGCAGCAGAGACACACAGCCAUGUACGUAGGCACAUACUCUUUCCCCACACACCACCCACACACACAUGCAUGCGUAUGCACAUAUGUGUGUGGCUCCCCAGUGGUAAUGUGGAGGUGGUGGUGCAGCGGAGGAAGCUGUACAGUGCCGUACCAGGUAGGCACUUUGUGGUGGUCCAUUCCUACCAUCCACGGGCCGAGGGAGAGAUCACCCUCUACAAGAACGACAGGGUCAAAGUUCUGAGUAUUGGAGAGGGGGGGUUCUGGGAAGGCAGUGCCCGGGGCCAGGUGGGCUGGUUUCCUGCGGAGUGCGUGGAGGAGAUUCCUGCCAAGCCCAGCGAGGAGAGGACGCACACAAGAGCUGACCGCUCGGACAGGAGGAAACUCUUCCGACACUACACUGUGGGGUCCUACGAUAGCUUUGAUGCCUCCAGCGACUGCGUGGUCGACGAGAAGACGGUGGUCUUGACCAAGAAGGAGAAUGAAGGCUUCGGCUUCGUGCUGCGAGGGGCCAAAGCGGACACGCCCAUCGAGGAGUUUACUCCCACCCCUGCCUUCCCAGCCCUCCAAUACCUGGAGUCGGUGGACGAGGGAGGAGUGGCCUGGCAGGCGGGGCUAAGGACCGGGGACUUCCUUAUCGAGGUGAACCAAGAGAAUGUGGUGAAGGUGGGCCACAGGCAGGUGGUCAACAUGAUCCGUCAUGCAGGGAACAGCCUCAUCAUCAAAGUGGUAACGGUCAGCAGGAAUAUGGACCCUGAGGAUACCGCACGUAAAAAAGCCCCCCCACCGCCAAAGAGAGCCCCCACCACCGCCCUGUCUAUGCGCUCCAAGUCUAUGACCUCUGAACUGGAAGAACUAGAUAAAGUGGACGAGGUGUCACCUUCCCAGAAGGCCGUGGACAUGAAAGUGGCCACCAUUAAGCCACGCCCCUCCAGCCGCUGUUUGGUCACGCCUACUGACAUGAAUUCCAUGUACGACCGCCAGGGUGGAGUGGCAGUGGUACCACCCACUGUGCCAGGCAGUCCUAGAGGGGGGGCAUUCCUGGGCAUACUUGCCAAGGGUGGCACCAUGAGGAGACAGAAGUCCAUAGGUAUAACAGAAGAGAAAGAAGAGAAGGCGCUCCUCUCCCCUCCCCCACUCAAGUUCACCCGCAGCCUCUCCAUGCCCGACACAUCCGAAGACAUCCCCCCUCCCCCGGCCAUCUCCCCCCCAUCUCCCCCCUCCUCCUACAACUCUCCCUCUGUCUCCCCCAUGCCAAGGGGCUACGGCACCACCCGACCGGGCCUCACCCUCAACUCCGCUGGAAAAUGUUCCAACGCCAUUACCCUUGGCAACCGCACGGUAGAUGUAAGGACGCUAAGGCGAGGUUAUCACCGCCAGAGCUCAGAACAGUACGAUAGUAGAAGCCGAGGACGGGCGCACGUGCCCGAGAACCCGUACUCGGAGGUGGGCAACAAGGCGCUGUACGUGCCCGCCAAGCCGGCGAGAAGGAAGGGCAUGCUGGUCAAGCAGCCCAAUGUGGAGGACAGCCCAGAGAAGACCUGCUGCACCCUGCCCUCAGGCGCCGUUUCCAUGCCGACCACACCCACUGAGAGGACCUUCUCGUCCAUUCCCAUCCCCACCAUCAUUGUCAAGGAGCCUUCCACCAGUAGCAGUGGAAAGAGCAGCCAGGGCAGCAGUAUGGAGAUUGAGCCAACCACGCCCGAACACCCACCCUUAACGCCUAGGGCAGGGGGCAGGGGGCUAAGGCCUGAAGACCCCAUUGUCAACAACCCCUUUGCGGCUGCCAUCGCAGGGGCAGUGAGGGACCGGGAGAAGAGGCUGGAGGCACGGAGGAACUCACCUGGCUUCCUCUCCACCGAUAUGGGAGAUGAGGACUUGGGAGACCCCACCCCGGCCCCGCGGCUACGCCAGUCCAAGUCCAUUGACGAGGGGAUGUUCAGCAACGACGAGCACCUGCGGAGGAUAAUGGCACCCCCGCCGGCCACCACCCUGCUGCGUCCCCAAGAAGGGGUUGACCGUGGCGGUAACGUGACAGACUUCAACACCCCUGAGCCCACCCAGGUGGUCAGGGAGCCUCUGACCGCACGUACCGGCCAGUACCCCAACCUGGACAGCCCCGUCAGUCUCCCGGACAGCCCCGUCAGUCUUCCGGCCACCACGCCCAAGACCUACAGCUCAAACGGAGGAUGGGGCUACCUGCACCCCGUCACGGGUAAUGCCCUGGAACCUAACUCGCCCCUCGCCCUAGCGCUGGCAGCCCGGGACAGAGCCAUGAAAGAGCAGACACAAACGACCAUGGCAACGCAAGCCCCACCCCCUUCUCAACCUCAACCACACCCCAAGAGCGACGUAUCCCAGUCCCUCCCCCCCAACCCCCACAAACCUGGCCUCAAUCAGCCCCUCUUCAUCGAUACCAAGCUCCGCUCCAGCAUUGAGCCGGGCUUCGCCAACUCCACGACAACCCUGGGGCGAGGCAUAGGGGGGGACCUGAAGAGUCAUAUGACGGAGCAGAAGUACGAGUCUGACGGAGAGAGGGAGGAGAGGCAGCAGGCGGCGGAGGAUGGGAAGGGCAUACAGAUCGACGUUGUGGACACGUCACAAACGCAGAAAGUGGCCGGUCUGCUAAUGGUGCACUCCAAAAACAGCCCAGAGGAGGAAGACAGGGGGCAGGAGAACACACCAGCCCGGGACAACAGCAUCCCCAGCGAACUGAGAGACCCCAACCAGCCAAACCCCCCCACCAACAGCCACAGUACCAAGCCCCUGCCCCCCGUGCCACGGGGGAAGACCAUCACGGCCGGGGGUUCGGUCGACGAGCCAGUCAAGCUGUCCUUCCGCAUGCCCCCUCCCCCGCUGGCCUCGGUGGACAUUGAGGAGGUGGAGGAGUUUGUCUUCUCCGAGCCCCUGCCGCCACCGCUGGAGUUCGCCAACAGCAUCGACAUCCCUGAGGACCAGGCAACGACCAUCGCUGAGUUGCUCAAGCAACGGAACCAAGAGAGACGCAACGGGAUGGGAACCAGGGGGCCACAUCCACCCCCCUACUACACUCACGCCCCGAUCCCUGUCGGCCAGUUCAGACAAGGGAGCGGGGUGUCCAAUUGCAUGCCCCCACCCUUCUAUCCCCCUCCGCCCCCCGACGGUGGCUUUGAGAAAGGUGUCACUGACUCAAGCAUCGAGGAGGUAGACAGUCGCAGAAGUGGAGACCCCCAUGUAGAGACUACCAGCACCAUUUCCACAGUUUCGAGCAUAUCUGUACUGUCGUCAGAGGGCGGGUACAACAGCGCCCUGGAGAACACUUCUAUGGUUUAUACUGGCGGCCAGGCUUACCUCGACGAUCGACCCCCUGUUCCCCCCAAGCCCAAAAACAAGCCCAUCAUCAACAAGAACACUGCACUUUACCACAACAUCCUCAUGGAGGAAUCCCUGGACUCCUUUGAGUCGCCCCCUCCUGUCCCUCCCCCUCCACCCGGGUCCAUAUCCCCCCCAGAACUCCCCAGGACUCCCCCCCAUCGGUCGUCCAAGCUGUGGGGCGAGCCCCCGGAGCUAAGGAGCCCACCCAUGCCCGACCCCAAGGCCACGGUUAUCAACGAGCUGAGCUCAAUCUUAUCACAGAUGCACCGGCCCAAACCGGGGGACUCCCUGGACUCACCCACCACAGGGGCCAGGGGCGGCUUUGGAACCAGCUCUCCAGCCACAGGAAGCCAGCGGAACUCCAGCGUGUCUUUCAGCCUGCCCCCCUCCUCCUGCACCCCUCCUUCCAGCCUGCCCCCUCACCUCUGCAGCCCCCCGGACACCUCGUCCCUCUCCUCGCCCCCCUGCCCCUCUUCUUUAACCCACUCUUCCUCACCCAGCCUUAGCGACCUUUUCGGCCUGCCCACCCUGCCCAUGGAGAAUGUGAGAGGCUUCGGCAGCAUGGGCGGUAGCCUUGGUGAAGGGUCCUCGUGCGGUGGCUCGCGCUCCCCCUCGCCGCUCACCCUAAUGCAGGCCAUAGCCACCUCGGGCAAGCCCUUUGCCUCCAAGCCCGUGGAGCUGUGGAGCAAGCUGGACGUGGCCGACUGGCUGGACAGCCUGAAUCUGUCGGAGCAUAAAGACGCCUUCCUGGACAACGAGAUCGAAGGCGCCCACCUGCCUUCGCUGCAGAAAGAAGAUCUGAUUGACCUGGGGGUGACGCGGGUGGGCCACCGCAUGAACAUCGAGAGGGCCCUCAAAAUGCUGCAGGACAGAUAAAGCCAGGGGGUGUGGAUUUAUCUGGAACACUCUCUCUCCUACCUGUUUUCCUUCUCAGUCUUGGAAAGUCUUGGACGAUUUAGGAAUCGGCCUCUGACUACUCCCUUCCUGCCUCGCCUCUGUGGCGUGUUUGUGUUUGAUCACUCCUAUUCUGCUUCCCGAGCAUCAGGGGAUGUCGGAAUCCUGGAGGAACUGCUGGGAAUAGCCUGGAGAAAGGCGGCGUUCCCGAAUACAGAAUGGAGAAAGAGUGGAAAAAAUCCUGCAUCUUUUUAGGGAUGCUCACAAUACAAAAGACCACACUUUGGAAUACUCUUGAAACGUAGCCCUCAAACACUUUGAAAUACUGAUAAAAAUCAGUACUGGAAUACUCAAUCCUUUUUCAAGCUCCCCCAGCGCGGGUGUUUGAAACCAGCUGAGCUGGUUGGCACUCCUUUUCUAUCUUUGCUAGAGUUUCUUCAGAUAAUAUUUCUUCACUAGAGUAAAACCGUGGGUUAUGUUUAUGGAUGCAUCUGAUGUUGUAGACACAUUUGAAAAACAGACAUUUGAAAAACAUUAGAAACGAGAACCUUUGCAGAAAUGUUUAGCUGAAUCCUAAACCAUAUCAUUCGCCACACACACACACACACACACACACACACACACACACACACACACACACACACACACACACACACACACACACACACAUAUGAUGAUGUGUUGGUCACUCUAAUGCAUGGCUGGAGGGGCUCCACUGUAGCAGGCGCCACUGUCCCCUUCACAUCCCUGUUCACUGUGGAAGGUGUGUGUAUUUGCCUUUUGUCAGAGACAUGUUUGUGAUGUACGUGUGUGUGUGCACACACUGUGGGAGGUUUGUUAAAUGUGUUUUAGAAAGACAUGAGUGAGAGUGCAAGGCCUAGAUUCUGUCAGCCUAUUCAAGGUGUAUAUUGCAUCUCACAUUCCAGUGUUCGAACUUGUAAACAGGGCUCCAUGGGAUUUAUCUUAAUGCAACUCCGUACAGCCAAUGGCAAUGUCCGUUUUAGGUAUAAUGCUGGGAGCCACUUGUGGAUUUGACAGCUCUAACACAGUUCCACCUCCGACACCGCAAAAACAACAGCUACGCGGGUGUUGGAAGGCAUGAAUCUGAUAGAAUCUAUCCCUAAGUGUUAGCAUCAGGUGUGUUGUCAUCGUCUUCCACACACUUGACAGCGACCCCGACAGGAGUGGGAUGCAACCUCCCUACACCCUACCGCCCAACCGACCAAUCUCCCUUCAGGCCUAUAACAGAAAUAAUCCACCUAUCACAACAACCUUGGGAAACUCCAUUUUCUGCCACAAUAUCGCCAUCUCUCCUCUUUGUUCAUCCAUCUUUAAUCAUUUCUAGUUAUUGAGUGAUUCCUUUCGCAAAUCAAACAUUUCUUUUUUAUUAGUACCAGUGUGUGCUGUUGUGGUAUAGGUGAGGGCUGUAUUUUCUUUGGUUGACAAUGAUUCUCGGCGAGAAUUUGAAGACGCCCACUUUGAAAGGAUGAGAGCAAAACGGACGUUAUUUUGUGGUCUCUGUUAACGUAGGACACUGUGGUUGACUGUGUGCUCACCUACAGUAUACUGUAUAGUGCAGGGGCCAAGAAUAAUAGGAAUAAUAUGAAUUCACUCAAAACACAAAAAUGUGGGUUCCUGAGUGGCGCUGCGGUCUAAGGCACUCCAUCUGAAUCCAGGCUGCAUCACAUCCGGCCGUGAUUGGGAGUCCCAUAGGGCGGCGCACAAUUGGCCCAGCCUCGUCCGGGUUAGGCUGGGGUAGGCCGUCAUUGUAAAUAAGAAUUUGUUCUUAAAUGACUUGCCUAGUUAAAUAAGGUUACAUUAAAAAAUAUAUAUAUAUAUAAUAAUAAUACAUAUACUACCCAGACAUUCACACAAUCACCGAAGAGGAUUUAAAAAAAUAUUUAUAGGAACGUUUACAAAGUUUGUGUAUAAUCCGUGUUUGCAUCGCCAAUGAAUCACAAAACGUCAUUAUUGACAAGAAGAGGUGUUAAUCCUAUCUGGUGUUUCCAGAGGGAAGAAAAUAGGUGUGACACAGCAGCACUGACCGAGCAGGCUUUAGAUGGUGCAUUUGGUCCCUGUUAAUUUGAGAAUGAGAGGGAGAGUCCUCAGUAACACUUUACUUAAGCAUGCAGGUAUAACCAUUCUGUAAGGCUUGCUUAUAAAACGUUAUAACGUAUUAUUACUACAGGCUUCAAGUAAAGUGUUACUGAGUCAUUUUCUCAACACCAGUGAAAAGCUCGCACACCAAUGAGCAGGUAGAACAAGCUUAUCUUCUAAUCAGAAAUCCCAUCUGACAGCCAAUCAAUUGUCUCCAUCCCUUUUCAUGAAACACCAUUACUUCAAUGUUAAUAUGAGAACUGCUGAUAGGUGAGUACCCAGGAAGUGUUUGGUGGCAUUGUUUUUUACGUAAAUUGAAUAUAUUUAUUGCUUUGAAUGUGUAUAAAGGAAUGAUUUAAAGAAAAGAGUACCUCUAUAGAAUAAUGAUAUGUAUAAUAUUUCUAAAAGGUUUAGAGAGAGAAUUUCUAUGAAAGAAUAGGACCAUUGUAUCCACCCUCAGAACUUAUUUCCUUGUAACUUUAUCCCUGUUUUGUGUUUGGCUAGUGCCUCGAAUAGCUCAUUAUUCUCUACAUAGUGCCCCAUUUCUGGCCUUUCUGCCUCUGAACUAGAUUAUAACUACCCCAUAAUGCACUGCAAAGAGAAGUGUGGAAGCCAUGUAUUCUACUGUACCCAGAUUACCUAUAUAUUAUAACAUAUCACUAAAACGUGAACAGUAUGUGUGAUCAUUUGAGACACUAUCCAUGAUUCUAUCAGUUCACAGGGAUGUUCUAUGAACAUAACCAUGAUUGUUUGGAUUGUCUGCAAUUUAGGGUCUCCUGUUGGACAAAACAAAAAGCUCCCUUGGUGAUUAUUCCUUUCUCUCGCUCCCUGUCCCUGUGUGCAACUGUAUGAUGAUGAAGGGAAGACAAAGGGAUGAUUUUUUUUUUAUUAUUUAAAAAGGGAAUAUCAGGCCAACAGAAGUAGAGGACCUACAGGAGUUUUAACGCUGCUAUAAUCCAUUCAUUAUUUUAAAAGAAACAACAAAAGAGUGACAGAAAAAAAGCACAGUCUUUUUUAUGAUUAUAUAGAAUUAUAUGGAAUUUUCUAAAAGACAUUUGGAGAAAAAAUUUCAACUCUGAAGUGUGGUUUGCCAAAAAGUUGUUUUUUUUUAAAUAUAUUACUAUAUUAUAUUAUAUAUUAUAUAUAAAUAUUAAUUAAUAUAAAUUAAUAUUAUCAGAUUUAUGAGGAAACUAAGAAGCAAUAUUUUUACUGAAUGGAUCUCCUUGGUUGUGGUUUUUCCCAGUCUUAAGAUGAACUAUCAUGAUAUAUCAUCACCUGUUGAUGUUAUGAACACUGAUAGCUGGAGUGGACAGAAGACAUUUGUCCAAUAAAAAUGUAUUUUAUAUACUAUCCUCUGGCCAUCACCUGCCUAUCUUGAAUAUUGUAAUUUUUGACAAUUCCAAUCACUUAGUCUGUGUAUAAUGUGUGUAUAAAUGACUGAAACGCUUUAAAUGUAUACAUAAGCUCACAGUCCACUGGAUCGAAAACUGUCCCGAUAACACUUUUAUGCUCAACUUAUGUAGACAUGUACAAAAAAAGACUAGUUGUGACUGUUGACUUCAUGGGAAAAAAACAACAUAUCACUAAGCUAAUUUAUUUGCAGAAUUAUAGAACUGAGUAGUCGUAUUAAGAUGCUAGACAAACCAUCACUGUGUGACUAUAAGGCUAUGCUACAUAAGGACUGGCAUGGCUCACUAUCAUCACUACCACAACUACCACAACACAGUCCUUCACUUACCCAUCGGCAGAUAUUUUGAUACUUUUGUUAUUUUCUCUUAUGGUUGAAUUUUUUUAUUUUAUUUUUUAUUCUACAUAAUUACAAAGACGUUUCCUGCUCUUUUGUGUAUAUUUGUGUUCAUGUUCCAUAUGUUGUAAUUCUGCAUACUUAGUCGACUAUCUAAUUAUCAAAAUGAAAAAGAAAGAGAAGUUCCUUGUAACUGCACUCUUCCUUCCCCCCCAAAUCCUCAAUACUUCUUGUAUGGCAACCAAACAAAAGUUACUGUAAGAAAUAAAUAUAACAUUGCACUA